UCCAGGCCGAGCAGCCAAACAAGCAGCACUUGGGGUGCAGAUGAAGCAGAGGCAGUCAUGAGGGCCCUUCUGUGGCUCCUCCUCGCCCUGUGCUCUGUUUGCCUGGGCAACCCGGACGCGAAACGGCUGUACGACGACCUGCUGUCCAAUUACAACAAGCUGGUGCGGCCAGUGGUGAACGUGACUGACGCGCUAACCGUGCGCAUCAAGCUCAAGCUCUCGCAGCUCAUUGAUGUGAAUCUCAAGAACCAAAUUAUGACCACCAACCUGUGGGUGGAGCAGAGCUGGUACGACUACAAGCUGACGUGGGACCCGCGCGAGUACGGUGGCGUCGAGAUGCUGCAUGUGCCCUCGGACCACAUUUGGCGCCCCGACAUCGUGCUCUACAACAAUGCCGACGGAAACUUUGAAGUGACCCUGGCGACGAAAGCCACUCUCAACUAUACAGGCCGGGUGGAAUGGAAGCCGCCGGCCAUCUACAAGAGCUCGUGCGAAAUCGACGUCGAGUACUUCCCGUUCGACGAGCAGACGUGCGUCAUGAAGUUUGGCAGUUGGACGUACGACGGCUUCCAGGUCGACCUGAGGCACAUCGACGAGGUGAAAGGGUCAAAUGUGGUCGAGAUCGGAGUGGAUCUUUCAGAGUUCUACACCUCGGUUGAGUGGGACAUUUUGGAAGUACCUGCAGUGAGAAACGAGAAGUUCUACACGUGCUGCGACGAGCCGUACCUGGAUAUCACGUUCAACAUCACGAUGCGCCGGAAAACGCUGUUCUACACGGUGAACCUCAUCAUCCCUUGCAUGGGAAUUUCCUUCCUAACGGUGCUCGUCUUCUAUCUUCCCUCCGAUAGCGGCGAGAAGGUCAGCCUGUCCAUUUCCAUUUUGCUCUCCCUGACUGUGUUCUUCUUGCUGCUCGCCGAGAUCAUCCCCCCGACCAGUCUGGUCGUGCCGCUGCUAGGCAAAUUCGUGCUUUUCACAAUGAUCCUCGACACUUUCAGUAUAUGCGUGACAGUGGUGGUGCUGAACGUGCACUUCCGAUCUCCGCAGACGCACACAAUGGCCCCCUGGGUCAAACGGGUCUUCAUCCACAUUCUGCCGCGGCUGCUGGUGAUGCGUCGGCCGCAGUACACCAUUGACAAAAGAGGAUUUUCGCACCACCGUGUGAUGGUGCGAACGUGCAACGGCCUCGAGCUGCGCGACCCGUCCAUGUACGCGGGCAGCAGUGCCGCGGCCCUGCAUGAGCUAGGCGUGCCCGCCGAAAUGCCCCUCUACCCGCCCCCGCCCCACGACUACAACAGCGUUGUUACGUGGCCCUUUCUCAGGGACCUGUCGAGCUCGGCGUCGCAGGUGGAACCGCUGUGCCGGAUCCACGGCACGCCGUCGCACGCACCCCUCGACGCGGAGAGCACCCCGGCCGCCGAGGAGCCCCUGCGGCCGCCGCCCCACUGGCAUCUCUGUCCCGAGCUUCACAAGGCCAUCGACGGCGUACGCUUCAUCGCCGACCACACCAAGCGGGAGGAGGACUCCACGAGGGUGAAAGAGGACUGGAAGUACGUGGCGAUGGUGCUGGACCGGUUGUUCCUGUGGAUUUUCACGCUGGCGGUGUUGGUCGGCACGGCGGGCAUCAUCCUGCAGGCGCCCACUCUGUACGACGACCGCAUUCCGAUCGACGUGCGCCUCUCGGAGAUCGCAUCGACCACAGCCAAGCCGCACAUCGCCACCGGCCUAUAGAGGACCAACUCUUCGACAGCGAAUGUAAAUUGUUUCACACACACACACACACACACUCACACCGACACACACACACACACACAUACACUCACACACUGACACACAUGCAGCAAGAAAAGUUUUUCUCAAGGGGAGAAGAACAAGACACGCAUCCGUAGCUGGGUGUUGCGACGAUGUUAUAUGAACGAGAACAUUGGACGACACACUGACAGAUUUAUUCUUGCUCACUCUCAAACUUGUUAUUCCUCUUGUUACUAACUAUAUUAUUACGAUAUUGUAUUUGCGACGAGAUUUAGCGUGUCACAUAUCUUUGAUUGUCUCUCUUUUGUAAUAAAAAUGGCGAAACUAAACAAAAGGCUUGUUCCUAACCCGCAUGUCGGCAUGCUCAGCUAAACCAACAGCUAAACGCAAACGCUAAACGCAAGAAGACGGACGCGGACCAUAUAUUUAUACAUUGCUCUCGCCUUCCGAGAGAAGAGGUGGGCCGCCCGUCCGCUUUUUGUCAACGACCGCGCGCCACCAUCCUUCCCUUUCUCCUUAUCUUGCUCUUCAUAUCUCUCCAGCAGCAGCAACGGCGACGGCAGCUCUGUUUUUAUUUCGUUUCUUACUUACACACGGGGGAGUCAAAAGCAGCGAAAUAUGCUUUUCUUCUUUUCUUCUCGGGCAGCUUUCCUCCGCUCCCCCAGCCGCAGCAGCAGCAGCAGCAGCAACGACGAAUGUAUGAGAAUAACACGCGACUCGAUGGAUUUUACGCACCACGCGACACUGUGUACAUACAUUUAUUCUUAGCCAGUGAGAUUUAUCCAACGAUUUUUAUCACGACCUGCUCUGCUAUCUGGAUGUACAAAAAGAGAAAAACAAUAUAAA